AGGUGAAGGUGGGAGAGCGGCGUCUCAGGUGCCGCCCUCCGCGCCUGCGCCGUGUCCGCUCCGCCCCGGCCCGCCCCUCCAGGUGCGCUCCACCCCCAGCCCGGCCGCCACCUUCUCUAACUUCCAGCGUCCGCCAUUCGCGGUCCCGCCCCCCGGACGUUAGGCGUCGUGGAGUCCUAAGUCGGGGGAGAGUCGCCGAGUGUCGCCUGGCGUCCAGGGCCGUGUUGGGACCCGACUAAGGCGUCGUACGCGCCAAAGGCCCGAAAAAGGGGCUUCCUGGGACCCGGGCGCCUCGCGGUCCCCUUCCCGCUCCGGGCGCAGCCGCACCUGAGCUCGCGGGCCUCCAGUGCGCGUGCGCGCCCCUGGGCUUCCCGCACCUGCCCGUGAGUCCCCAACGGCCGGUGGCUCGAGGCCUGGCUCGCGGCGCGGGCAGCAGGUCAUGGCGCAGCUGUGUGGGCCGCGGCGGGGCCGGGCGCUCCUCGCCCUGUUAGCUUCGCUGCUCCUCUCCGGGGCCGAGGCGGCCGGCGGAGACCUAGACGUCCACGAGAGCACCAUCGAUGGUGUGGCCAGGGACAGGAAUGGAGCCGACUCUUCGGUCCUGAGUGUUCCCAGAAAGCAGGAUUCUGAGGACCUCUCUGAUGAGAUCUUCAAUUAUGAAGAAUACUGUGUCCCAAAGGCUGUCACUGGGCCUUGCCGCGCAGCCUUCCCUCGCUGGUACUAUGACACUGAGAAGAAUUCCUGUGACAGCUUCAUCUACGGCGGGUGCCGGGGCAACAAGAACAGCUACCUCUCCCAGGAGGCGUGCAUGCAACGGUGCUCUGGCAAACAGGUGUAUCCUCUUCUGACCCUUGGAACAAAAGCGGUGAUCCUGGUGGGGCUGUUCGUGAUGGCCCUGAUCCUCCUCCUGGGAGCCUCUGUGGUCUGCCUGAUCCGCGUGGCACGCAGGAAGCAGGAGCGUGCUCUCCGCACCGUCUGGAGCACUGGGGAUGACAAGGAGCAGCUGGUGAAGAACACCUAUGUCUUGUAAAGGCCCUGAUGCUGGGAGAAGCAGGGAGGGAGAACACGUGCUUCUUAAAUUAGAGCAACUGCUUGUAUCUGUGAGAUCAUUAGGGAAGUUUGGUCUUUGGUUGCCAUGGUAAGGAGGGUCAGGGAGGUACUUCCUAGGCCUGUUUGGCUGCUUAGAUCUCCUGACUAGUCCUCUCAGUAGCUCCCUCUGCCUCUCCACCCAUGGCCUCCUUUAGCAUCACUAGUAGUCCUGGUAGCUUGCUUUCUUUGUUUGUUUGAUUUAUGUGGUUUUUUUUUAAGUAGAUAAAAU